AUCCUCAUAUAUAAAAACCAGCUCCAUGCGUUUGAUUCUUCGAGGUAGGAACAUUCAGAAAUCUAGAAGCCAUUAGCGGGAUUUGAAGUGCAAAAAAUGGAGGUCGAGAGAGUGCAAGCCGUUGCUUCCUUACUAUCUCAAACCACUCAAGAUACCAUCCCUGCAGAAUUCAUUCGACCUGAGAAAGAACAGCCUGCUAUCACCACAUUCCGGGGGCCGGUCCCGGAAAUCCCAACCAUCGAUCUCAGCGAUCCAGACGAAGAAAACAUUGUCCGCUCGGUUGCCAAAGCCAGCAAGGAGUGGGGGAUAUUCCAGGUCGUGAACCAUGGCAUUCCUACUGAUGUCAUAAGCAAUUUGCAGGCAGCUGGAAGGCAUUUCUUCGAGCUCCAGCAGGAAGAAAAGGAAGUGUACGCUAAGCCCACAAGCGGAGAAGGCAUCAAAGAAGGCUACGGAACCCUUCUGCAGAAAGACCUCGAGGGAAAGAAAUCUUGGGGGGAUCAUCUUUUUCAUAGGAUUUGGCCUCCUUCAAAACUCAACUACCAGUUCUGGCCCAAGAACCCGCCUUCUUACAGAGAGGCGAACGAAAUGUAUGCAAAAUAUGUGCGUGAGGUGGCGGACAAGCUGUUUAAGAGUCUGUCUUUAGGGUUAGGGCUUGACGGUCAUGUAAUGAAAGAAGGUGCUGGUGGGAAGGAGAUAGAAUAUAUGAUGAAGAUUAAUUACUACCCACCAUGUCCUCGCCCUGAUCUAGCACUUGGAGUUGUUGCUCACACCGAUUUCUCGUCCAUCACCAUUCUCGUGCCGAAUGAUGUCCCUGGACUUCAAGUUCUCAAAGAUGAACGUUGGAUCGAUGCCAAGUAUAUUCCCAAUGCUCUCAUUAUUCACAUCGGUGAUCAGAUUGAGGUACUAAGCAAUGGCAUAUAUAAGAGCGUGUUGCACCGGAGCACCGUGGACAAAGGGAAGACGAGGAUGUCUUGGCCGGUAUUCUUGGAGCCACCGGGGGAGUUUAUCGUUGGACCUCUGCCCCAGCUUGUUAGUGAAGAGAACCCUCCCAAGUACAAGUCCAAGAAGUUUAAAGACUAUGCUUAUUGUAAACUCAACAAGCUUCCCCAGUGAAUUAAUAUCAUCGAAAGUACCGGCCAACUGGCCUGGCCCCUGCAUAUAUGUAUAUAUAUAUAUAUAUAUAUAUGUAUGUAUGUAUGCCCCUCAUGUCAGAUUGUGCUUGAGCAAUUAGGCAUAAAAGUCAAAGGCCUUGCAGCCAAAGUCGGACUUUUUUUUGUUUGUAUUUUCUCUCUUUUGGACUGGUCACAAGUAAGAGUUUUUUU